UUUAAAAAUGGCUGGGAUGACUAGGACUCCUUUGCUGCCUAUGACACAGUAGGAGGACCUCUUUGACAGCACUUAGCAACGCCCCUGCUUUGACCCUCCUCAUCUGUGAGGAAAAUCAAAUCAAUACCCUCUUCUUCAAAUCACGAUGCUCUCGCAGCAGCAGCAGUACCAGGAGCGGCAGAAGACUGCAGUAGCUGACUCUGACUCUUCUUAAAUUUUGCCAGCAUCUCUCUCGCUUCGAUGAUCUCCACAUUUCUGAACUUAGAUCAUUGCUGAGGAGUCCUGCGCGUCUGUCACCGAAAGGAUCUUCUACAUUAAAUGGCCAACAGAGGACCGAGCUAUGGCUUAAGCCGGGAAGUUCAGGAGAAGAUUGAACAGAAGUAUGACCCAGAACUGGAGAGUCGGCUGGUAGACUGGAUUAUUAUACAGUGUGGUGAAAAUAUAGAGCACCCUCCACCCGGAAGGCAACAUUUUCAGAAAUGGUUAAUGGAUGGAACACUGCUGUGCAAGUUAAUAAACAAUUUACAUCCCAAGGGAAAAGAACCCAUUCCAAAGAUCACAGAAUCAAAGAUGGCUUUCAAGCAAAUGGAGCAAAUUUCCCACUUUCUGAAAGCUGCAGAAAUCUAUGGUGUACGAACAACAGAUAUUUUCCAGACAGUGGAUUUAUGGGAAGGGAAAGAUAUGGCUGCUGUGCAAAGAACCUUAUUGGCUUUAGGCAGUGAAGCUGUCACAAGGGAUGAUGGAUGUUACAAAGGGGAUCCAUCCUGGUUUCACAGAAAAGCACAGAGGAACCAGCGAGGGUUUUCAGAAGAGCAACUUCGUCAAGGACAGAACGUCAUCGGCCUCCAAAUGGGGAGUAACAAGGGAGCAUCCCAGUCUGGGAUGACUGGAUAUGGCAUGCCAAGACAGAUCAUAUAGGUUAUCCCACCAAUAACACUCACUCACACAAUCUAUAGCAUGGCCUGACUUGGAAAAAUAGCUACUUAAUGUUCAUGCUGAAAUCUGCUUCUACUUUUUUCCUCUAAGAUUUUUGGAUCUACUUAUAUAUUUUUCAGCUGCGACCUUUCAACCUAAAAUGUGGAUCUAUGUGCUUGUUGCGUACCAGCUCACACAGCAUGCUGGUACCAUAUAAUGUUUAUUUUGAACUAUGCAAAGAAUAUUUUUCUGUAUUUAUUUGCAAAUUUGUUACCUUCUGUACCUGUGUCUUAUUGAACUUGCUCUUGCACCUAUAUUAUCUUGUUCUCCACUCUGCUUACAGAAUAUUUCCAUCUCUUAAAAAUAAAAUUAAAAAGGAGGGUGGGUGGGAAAGAAUUGAGAGAUGCACUCUGGGAAAAAAAUACAAACGUAGCAUAGGCAUGUCCCUGAACCUGGAAAAGUUACUUUUUGGACUACAGCUCCUUGAAUUCUUCAGUCAACAUGGUGGAUGGUCAUGUUGUCCAGGGAUCUGUGGGAGCUAUAGUACAGAAAAAAUGACACUCACAAGCUUUCUUAUGUUUUGGGUUGUUCUGAAGGGUAAGUAGAGAUAAUGUGCUUCACAGUACUUGAUACAUGGGGCCUAAAUACCUUAAAGGCACCAGAUACUAUAUUUAGAUGGGAAAGCACCAAGAAAUACCAGAUUCUGUAGGCUGUAUUUCAAAACCAGUCUUGAGUUUUCUUUGUCUAAGAAAACCUUGUAAAAUUCAUUUGGUUGUGAUGAUGUUAAAGGCAACUUGAAGGCACAUACACUCCUGAUACAUGGAACUCUAGACAAGUCAUUGAUUGGAACUGCAGUGGAGAUGAAGGUGGAACUGAUGUUCAAAGAUACAAAUUAACCCUUCAGCACAAAUUUUUAGGCAGUUUGGCUAAGUUAUCCCACCACUGCAAAAGUUGGACUUAGUGGCAGCUUAUAAAAGUAAGACUAACUGGUCUGAAGAAGAAACCCAGAAAGACUACUUCAUAAGUGGAAACAGGAAGAAGAUGUUAACAUGCAAGUUCAUGAAAACAGAACUUAGAUUUUAUGGUUAGUCCCAAUUAAAGGACUCCAAUAGAUCAACACUUAUGUAAGUUCCAUUACUUAACUACAUCUACUAUAUUUGUUGAGGCUAAAAGUUAUCUUUGAUCUAAAGAACACCAGGCAGCAUAUGUGACUUUUUUGCCAUAAGAAUAUGUGAGAAUAUCUGUCAUUCAAUGAGAUUUGAUGGUAUCAAACUAUGAACCUCUUCACACUGGCUUAUUUUUGGUGGCUGUGAUAGGUUUUUUCCACUUUUGCUACAGAGCCCGCCAGCUUCCAUCACACACAGUAAAGGUACUCCUGGAGUGGCUCUGUGGCAAAAGUGUGUGUGUGUGGGGGGGGGGGGGGGGGACGACCCUGCUGCUGCAGCAGAAAAAUGGCCAUCGGCACACGAUGGGAGGCUUCUCAUCUUCCCAUAAGGAAAUCUGGGUUUAGCCAGCUUAAGGAGGCUUCCCUCCAUGUGAUGAGUUAGGGAGGAAGCUGGGAUGAUGUGGGGUGUGGGGCAACAGGUCCUCACACCCCCUGGGUGGGCUCCACUAACAUGGCUGCAAUUUGCAGCUAUACUCGGUGAGUGUGGUGGCAGAGGUGAAGAGGCCCAUUAUAGCAUAGAAGUGAGAGUCAGCCUGUGGAGCAAUGUAAUCCCAUGGCCAGCUUUAUGGAUCUCAGAGCCUCUCAUCCUCUCCAUUUUUGAAUUAACAUUGAAGAAGCUUCCAGAAGACAUGAUUCACCUCUAAAACAAGCUACUUGCAUCUUGUGUUAUCUUCUCUGACAUUUGUUUAUAGCUUGGUGAUUUUUUCUAAAACUGGAAAUUAGCCCUCAGGAACUUCUGGAAAUAAUUGUUGAAAACUGGUAAAACUGGAGUGUACAUAUAUUGAUAGGAAUUGACUUUGAGAUGUUCCAAUUGUAAUCCCCUCCAGUGACUGUAGUACAACACCUCAGUUUUCAGAUUUUAAUUACAUCUUUUUGCUCUAUAUUUGGAUAUCCUUUGUCAUAAAGUGUUUUCUGUGUUAGA